CUAGUUUGUCUGAUCUCAGUCUGGAUGUGUUACGGUAUAUAUCAUGGCAUAUCAUUAGUACUGAGUGUAAUUCUUUUUUACUUUUCCCCUCUUCCUCCAUCAAACUUUUGUGUUCUUUAGUGUCCCGAUGGGAAACGUCUGGAAGGAUUGUCCAAACAGUUAGACUGGGAUGCUCGCAAAAUACAGAGAUGGUUCAGGCACAGGCGGAAUCAGGAUAAACCAAGUACACUAACAAAGUUUUGUGAGAGCAUGUAAGUAUAAUAGAUAUAUUUUUCAAUUUAUUAAGCUGCAUUAUAAUCCUGAUACGGAAUGAGAAUGGCUGCAUAUUUACAAUUAAACUGAGCUUGUUGUCUUAGAAAUGGCUUAAAACAACACAUUUUAUCUUGAAUCUAAAGGUGAGGUGGUCUCUAUGCCCCAUUCUGCCCAUAGGAGAUCAUCAUUAGUGAGGUUCUCCAGGCCAAUCCAAUCAUUCUCAUAGAAUCAGCACCCUCUGGAGAUGUAUUUUGUCUAGAGCUAUUAAACUUCUACUGUGAGUCCUGUUCAAAGUGAGGCAGAGCACCCUCCUGCCUGAUUGCAACUUAGAAUUCACCACUUUUAUGAAAUAAGACAAAGUGCUUUAAGGGCUUGGAGUGUUUCUUUAAAGUAUGUUUGGUUAAAGGUCUGAUGAACUGAACCUCGUCACGGUGCUUGGAGGGGCCUGCUGGCCAACCUCUUGCCAAAAGACUAUGGGCCCUCUAAAAAAAACUAUGUGAACAGACUUGGUUCGUGGGAUUUUAUAUUUGGUUCGGGAACCAAACAGCCGCACGAAUCGGAGCCACCCUGGAGCUUGUUAGGCUUGAUUGCAACUUUGCAGCAAUUUUCACCGCAGUGUUCCAAGUGUUCGUCUGGGUGGCCGCAAUUCCUAUGGACGACCACGAGGUGGCGGCCAUCUUGUUCGCAUGAAAGCAGGCAGCGGUGUUUAGGCAUGAAUCUCAUGGAACUGAAAACGGACACAGAAACUCCCAAAACACCACUGGACUUCAAGCAUCACUUGCGUGCCGUUCUACAAUACUUAGAAAGGCGCUGUGUGGUGGAAACGUUCCCAUGAACAAGGGGAACAAGCUCCAGGGUAAGAACAUUGACUCUGUUAGGUAAUUUGUUCGUUUUUUUUAAUUACCAAACUAGACCGACUGCAAGCCCUGCUUCUCUGGAACUGUUUUGGGCAUGGGACUAUGCAUGCCGUCAGUCAAAUUAUGACUUCCAGGAAAUUCCUGAACUGAUCUGGGUUUUUUUUUGGAUAUGUUGGUCACCCAGAUCAGGGCUAUCAGUGAAUGUAACUCUUGUAGGGAUUUUGUGUGUGUUUAAGGUAUUUUGGGGUGUUAUAAAAAUUUGUUUUCUGUGCCUGGAGAUAAUCUCGUUUAAUAUAGUGCUUGACUCAAUUAUUUCCCAGGCACAUGGGAAGGAUUGACCUAUUUUGUAUGGGAGUGUCCUGCACCUGAGAGCCAAUGUAAUUGUGUAGAUGGUUUUUACUGUAGUCUACUCUCUCCUUGCAUGGGGACUUGCAUAUAAGGCCAGUUGUGGCUGCCAAUAAACAGAUUCAUUUUACCCUUCAUAAAGUCUAGGCUAAUUUUUGGGGAGUUGGAGAGCUAUAUUCACUCUGAGGAUUGCUAUAAUCUCUAUACUCCCUUGGAUCACAAAGAUUCCUCUUGUAAGAGCAGCCUGUUUCGCAUUUUGGUCCAAUGCCCAAAACAGUUCCAGAGAAGGGCUGUGCAGUCUGUCUACUCCGGGGAUUCGAAGUGUAAUAAAAAUACCGAACAUAGAGAGUUCGUAUGGCACUUAGUCUAUGUCUUUCCUUCAGCGUUUAUUCUUACCGAACGCUGUUCAACUCCCGUUCGAAUAGCCGAACAUCUGUGGAAGGUAAAUGGUUCAGUGUUCGUGCCAUUGAGUGUCCGAUUUGAGUUCCAUGAACUCAACGACCAAACACCACUCAUUGUACUUGCGGCUCAAGAUGGCCGCCGUCACGAGUUCGAAUGCCGCUUCGAACCACUUUGACCGUUCGGGAGUUUGAAGUGUUCCUGGUAUAAGUCCAAAAGGACACAAAACGUAUUUUCAACCAGGGUUUAACACCGGGUCCAUAGUAACAGGGCAGGAGGCUGGCAAACCGGCCCCUCCAAAAACCAGUGGCGAGGUUACUUUCGCCACUCAACCCUCUUCUGUGCGUACAGUUCACCUUACCGCUUUUAACUAAAAGAAAGAAAAUCUCUAUAUCUAAUGGAGUAUUUUUAUGAAACAUUAGAGUGAACCUGUUAUGGCAAAUAUUAUAUUUCUUUGAACUUGAUUUGGUUGCAAGUGAGACAUUCGCUUUGUUCUUCAGUGGCUUUUAGUAGUUAAGUAUUUACUUACCUUUCAUCCCUCUCUGCCACAAUCUCACCGUGGCCAACUCUCUGUUCCUGGUUGAGAUCCUCAUUACUUAUCUCAGGAAAUCCAGUGUUUCUCCUAAGAGAAGCAACAGAGAACCUACUGUGCAUGGAUGGCAGAGGAGGAAGUAUAUCAAUAAUGGGUAUUCAUAGCUACUUGACUAGUGAUGGAUUAGCCAUGUUGGAGCCAAGAUAUCACAUGAUUGCCAGUAGCAGCUUCAGGUUAGCAAAUUCCACCUGAUGCACACUAUAUUCCAAUUUUUAAACCCUCUGAGCUACUUGCAGAGAAGUGUGUUUUUUGUUUUUUUUUCUUUUCUUUUGUUUUUUAAUGGAAUUGGAAGCAGUCAAUCAGAGCUGCUUGUUUUUCUACCUUCUCUCCUAAGUUUUCAGCAUUCUACUAAACAGAAAUGUGGUGCUUAAAGGACCACUCCGCACUUAUACUCUAAAUGUAAUUCAUUGUUUAGUUGAUAUACCCCUGUUGAAUACAUGCACUCCUUGGAGGUAUAUUUUAAAGGAGGUUGCAAAAUCUGCAUUUCUUAUGGACUGCAGCCUCUGCCACCACUCCCCUUGUUCCUCGGAAGAGUCUAUCUGAGGUUUCCCAUCAAGGAGUGCUGAAGAGAAUGUAUGUUUUUGCUUUUUUAAUGUUUUCAUUUAUUUUAUAGGUGCAGACAGGGAGGCCCUAAAACAGACUUAAGGACAUUAAGAAUGUAGUGUUAGGAAGAGAUUAUUCCUAACGCUCCCUUUAAUCUGCACUUAGGAGAGGGUUAGGAAGUCCAGCUUAGCUGCUAAUUUUGCAUUUAUAUAUGUACCUAUGCUGUUGGUAGUUACAAAAGUAUGUUAUGGUGCAGACAACAUGUUUGCUAGAGCCAUUGUAAGCUUUAAUGUAGCAAUAAAAACUGUACACAUAUUUCUCUAGAGCACAAUGAGACUUCCCCUUUAACAGUUUGAGAACGUGUUUAAAAAAAAAAAUAACAAAACCCUAACAUUUCAGGAAAAAUGCCAGUAUUUUGUAAUGAUCAACCAUGCAACACCUUUUUUUUGUUUGUUUGUUUUUUGUUUUUUUUUUUGUUUGGUAUCCGCAGUGUCAUGAUAAAAACUGUCCUGCCUUAGCAGUAGCUUUGAAGAUGUUAAAGGGCUGUUAAAUCGCAUUUCCCUUUUACAUUUGUAACCCACAAAACUUUUUGUCAAUAUGUGACUCCCCCACCCCCUUGACAGUAAUUUUUCUGCAAGUGACUAUAUACAUCGUAGGGUGUGGGUAUGUGUGUGGAAUUCCGUAUUCGGAGAGAAAUAAAACCAAGAAAUCAAUAGAAAGUAUGAAAAAGCAUUACUCUGCAUUAUUUUGUAGUGAAUACAAAUAAGUUAAUACCUCUUUAUAUUGCAUCUCCUGGCUUACCCUUGCUCUUUGAUGACAUUAGCACCACUUGCACAAUAGGGCUAUAGAUAGCUGUUCCCCAUACAUCGAUCAAGGCCAGGAUUUGCGUAGAAAUGCGGUUAUAUUAUGUGUGAUUUCUUUAAUUAACAUAAAGACCAUUUUCCUUUAAAUGCAGUUAACGGAAAGUAUCCACGCCAUUUAAAUGAGAAUCAUAGUCUACUUUUUUGGCAUUCGCGUUAAAGCUUUAAUUUACAGAAUCAUGUUGGGAAAAGGAUUGAUUCGUUUUGGAAUUAAAGGAUGAUUUUAAGAUUUAUGGUUUUAUUAAAAAUGCCUUUGCCACCAAAAGCCCUAAACCUCUGACAUGGCCCUAUUUUGAAGGCUAUCGAAACCUUCUAAAUGUGGAACUCCACACAACGUGGCGGCAUAUAUCACUACUGUAUUUCUUUAGGUAAACUUAUUUUAAGUAAGAAUAUGAAUAUAUAUAUAUAAUAUAAUAUAUAAAUCCUUACAUUAUGGAAUUUCCCUUUUAACCCAAUUGAAGCCUAAAUAACAUCUGCAUCAUUACCCUGAAACAGCUCCUCUCUUUCUUGCCCUAUGAUGCUAGACUUAUCUUUCCCCCAUUGCAUUGCUAACUUCUUUCUCUUUUCCUAUCUCUAGGUGGAGGUUUACUUUUUACCUGUAUAUCUUUUCCUAUGGAGUACGGUUUCUUUGGUCGGUAAGUUGGAACGAGUCUCCUAGCAGAUACCUAUUUUUCCAACACUCCACGUUAAGCUUAGAUGAAAGAAGCUUGCAUUAGCCUGUUAAUGUGUUUUCAUAGGGUCUGUGAUGGUUCGUUUUGCAAAACGAAUGCCAAAUGGCAGGUUACGCAACUUCCUAUCCUAAUUUUAAGCGCUGCAUCAUCGUUGGCCAUUUUGAAUAGCCGCCUUUUGUACUUUAUCCUGUAUCAGUGACAGUGAUGAUGACCAGGAUUUGUAUAGGUUAUGUUUGUAUACAUUUUGACCAGGCUGCAGACCUGAAUAGCCAGAGCCUCCUGUAUUAUUCUGGUGCAGGCACAGUUUGAAAUAAUUGUCCUUAUUGAUCACUAGACACUGUAUUUUAAGCGUAUCAUUUGAGCCUUAGACAUAUUGUAAUCCCCUGUAUGACCAGUUAGAGCAUUAGUACCAUCACUUUUUUUGAACUCGGAAACUCUGGUUCGAAUCCUGGUCAAACCACCUUUAGAAUACGUGUCAGUGGGCAAAACCUCUAAUAUCCUCCCUAAUUUACAUCCUCAUAGAGUGUCAGCUUGUUUGAGCAGAGCCGCCUUUUCGUUUUAAAUAUUCCCCUUCUAUAAUUGUAAAGCGCUGUGAAAUAGGUUUGCAAUAUAUAAAUAAUAGCACCUUUCUUCACAGCUAUAAAAUUUAGUCGUGAGACUGAAGGGCAGUGUUUUGGCUAUACUUUCCUGAGAUGCCAUGUUUGUUAAUUCACAGAAACUCGUUGCUUGUUAAGAUAAGGAAAUUCUGCCUUUAGCCAUGCACAACGCUAAAAAUGUCUUACUCAUGGCUGCAUUCCUCCUAUCUUGCACAUAUAAAUGUUAGUGCAAGUAUAUUAGGACUCUGGGGGAGGGGGGAGAUGUUUGAAAGUAAUGGGAAAAUGGAUUUGUAUAAAGUAUAAUUUUGCCCUCUUGAUAAAAGGAGACAGCAGAACAUUAUACAAAUUAUACUCUGGGGGGAGAUCAUUUCAUAUACAGGAAGGAGCAUGUGAGUAGUCCUGGUAUCGUAGAGUAGAUAUCUAGUCUUUGAAAUCUAAGCUGACAUUAGUGGUCGAAGAGCAUGGUAACCCAUCAGAUUAAAGGCAAGACACUCUCUCAGAUAAGGCCCCAAGUUGUGCAUUGUUUUCAUGUGAUCCAUUAGAGUACUAGAAUGGAAUUUAUGUAAUAUACGCAUAGUGUAAACUGCCAUAGUAAAAAGUAGAAAACUGCUCUAUUUAAAGGGCAUGCCUAUAGUUCUGACAUGUUGAGAUAAACGUGCCCUCCUUGGACCCUUAGGCAACAGUAACUUAAUAUAACAGCUGAAACCUGAGCCCACGUAUCGAAAUUGCUGUAAAAAAUGACCGUGAGAUGACAAACCGUUGACACGGCAACAGUCCUAAUUCGUUAAGGCUAUCGAUUAAUUUCAGCUAUAUCUUUCUCUUACACUGCCUUCCAGAUGAAUUCUAAAAACCUGUAUUUGAGCAUAUAGAAUGGUUUUAUUUUUUAACUAUUUCCUGGUACAUUUAAAGGGAUAAUGCAUUUAAAAGAAAGCGGACUCUGAAGCAGAAUCCAGUGUACAAGGGAAGUGCUUUAAUUUCUCAGCAAGUACUAGUUCUCCCUUACAAACAUUUUAGGGAGUGCUGUACGAAUUCCCCUACUCGCAACCAAUAUCAGCAGGGACCUGUUUAGUACGGAGUCUUCCAAGUCAUAUUGCUGUUGGCAGGCCAGUCGCACAGAUAACCCCUAACAACACUCUGUAAAUGUACAGUAUAUAGAAGGUAGGCACAGUCUACCAGUUCAGUGUUCAUUGUUUUACAAUCUCCAAUUGUUUGAAGAAAAUAUUUUAAUGUUUUUGAAAACUUGAAAAUGUACAUCGUCAUCUAAUGGUUUGCAUUUAUUUUUAUUUUUUUCUCCUUUGUUUUGUUUGUUAUGAAUGCAAGAUCAUUUGGGACAUCUGCUUUAUAGAAUUGCAUUACUGCAGGGUAGAUCAGAUGAUUUUAGAAAUACAUUAUAUAAAGCCCAGUGUUUUAAAUAACACUAGUUAUUUGUUAAUAUUUUUUUGUUGUUGUUGUUAAUGUAUUUUUCUUUGCAGACUCCCUGGUUUUGGGAUACACGACAGUGUUGGUACAACUAUCCUUACCAGGUAGUGUAUUCUAAGUUAUCUGUUAUCUGGAAACCACUGCCGGCCUAUCGGUCACAUUGAAUAGUUUGGCAUUUAAUGGGUGUAUAUGCUCCAAAUGUAUAGUUAAAAUAAUCUCUUCCCUCACAGGUGUAAACUGCAUUGCAUUCCUUUUCUAUUUGCUCUCUUUAUACUUAUUUGGUUACCUACAUAGAUGUAUUAUAGAAUAAAUUACUAUAUUGCAAAGUAUAUUUCUUGUUGUACAUUCGGCCAAAACUCUGGCUUUUUUUAUAAGGCAGGUAUGGCCGGGCAGUUCCCCGCUUCCUUCUGUAACUUCUUGUGUAGAGAAUUUUUUUGUUUCCCCUCUCUUUUUUACACAAAAGCAUUAGUGUGGUAAGGAGCUCAGUAGAUGAAAUUGUACAUUUUUUAAUUUAAAAUAAAAGCUUGCAUGUGUUUUAGCCUGUGUGUGUGUUCUGUAAUGCAUACAAACAGUAAGUUAAUACAUAUUUCAGAGCAUCUCCUAGCUAGCUUAUCCUUGGUUCAUAGGCGCAGCCAUCUUCACAUCUUCCUUGGUCAAGAGCACUAAUUUAAGAGACACUCCACUGCCCAAAUACAAAGUAAAUAAAAAUAAUUGUUUAGAGAUAUACCCCAAAUUAAAACAUGCAUGCAUUUAAUUAUGCAGUUUUUCAUUGGAGUUCUAUCUAAAACAGCUUGCAAAACUGCAGCUUUUUUGCCGGCUGCCUUUGCAAGCACUCUCCUUCUAACACCACUAAGACUUGUUGUGGCUGUCCAAUCACAGGCUUCCCAAUGCAGUUCAAUGAGAAGUCUUUGAAGGCGGGUGCUCUGGGCAAUCGCUGCCUCUAGAGUUCAAUGCAACUAAACUAAGCAAACCAGGACGUAACCGGGCCUGUUGUCUGCUUGAAAAACUUGAAAUCUGCACUUUUGCCAAAAUUAAGAAAUAAAGGAAAAAAAAGAGGACAAAUUCUUCACACAUUAAACUUUUCAGCAAGCUAAAGUGCUUUAGAUAACAUGCUGCCGACAACAUGACAGCUACUGUGUAUUAGCAAAUCCUGAUGUCAUAGACAAGUUCUCUGAACUCUUUUCCCCUUUCCAAACUGCACAUAGUUUUGGAAGACACAUGUAUAAUUUAUAAAACAAAAAUUACUAAUCGUUAAAGAGAGGUCCCAAAUUAAGCAAGUGCUGUACCUGCCAUACUAUGUUUCUACUAGUUAAAAAAAAAAAAAAAUAAUUUUUUAAAAGCACUGUUGCCAAGUGCCACAAUGUGGUUAAAUAUUUACCGCUCCAGAGAGAGCUGUUGUGUUUUGACAGUGAAGAUGGGGUAAUAUUUGAGUGUAUUGAUUUACAAAGUGCUGUACAUUUGUUAAUUGUCAUUGUUAGGAAGCAUAAAUAAACUGCAUUUGAGCAGCCUUUUAGCUUCUGUUAAACUGCCCGAGUUUAAAUUACAGAUGUAGGGAUACAGCGUGAUAAAGCGUUAUCAUUGCCGUUUUGCUCCGUGAAUCUUUUUUAGUUAUUUAAUGGUUAUUUAUGACUUUCCCCCUUUUAAGUAGCAGUGUGACUUUCCUAUUUAAAAGAAGCUUGUUACUCAAGACAAAGCCUCUAUGGUGUAAUGAUUGCUAGAAAUGAAAUUUCUAAUUAUUCAGUAGCAUAGUUCAUUCUUUUUUUUCUAAUUUUUAACUUGUUCAUUAAUUGGUUAAAUGUCAAGCUAAAAUAGCUUAAUUGGAAACCCUCUCCUGCUUAGCUGCUUUCACAAUUAUUUGACCCAUAUUGUUUCUUCACUAUUUAGUAUGUAAGCCUCCAGUGGUUCUGUUUUGUUACAUUGGUUUCUUAUUGCACCUGCCCAGUGCUUCCUUGAUAAAUCACGUGUUGCUUCUGGGAGAAUGAGUUGUGGAGAACUAUCUCAAGUGCAUUUUAUUUUAUUUUCAGCCGCUCACUUCGGGGGUAUACUACUAUUAUAUUACAGAACUGGCCUUUUAUUGGUCCCUGAUGUUCUCGCAGUUUACAGAUAUCAAACGCAAGGUAAGGAUGACAUCAUGAUAUAGGGACUUUUUUUUAUGAAUAAUUGUGUAGUACAUUGUUUAAGUACUGAAUGUCUAAUACAAUGGAGUUAACCAAUUGUGAUAUUAGGAAGUGGUACACAGGGCACCUUGACCUGUUAGAGGUUACUCUAAUGUAUUUUGGGAUGUUUUGAUGGAUAAAAUAAAAAUCCUGACCAGGCUCUGUUAAAAGGUGAAAAUACGUAUGCAUUCUCCAUGAUUUAGCAGCAGAAACCACUUCCGUUGUGAAAUUGCUGUGACUCGUGCAUCAGGGAACACUAGGAAUUAUCUCUAGCACCAGAACAUGUAGAGAAAGUUUAGUUCCUGUGCUGGAAACCUGUUGUGAAGAGCAGGAAACAAGUGCAUUUGGAAGCAGUAGAAUAGCACAUUAUGAAGAGAGGGUGUGAGUGACCUAAGGAAUUGGAAGUGACUGACCAAGCCCACCGGCCAUUGUAAGGGACUAUUGAAACGGUCAACUUGCUUAGUGGACCUAACCGUACACACUCUGUGACAGGCCUGUUUUAAUUCAUAAAGGGUACAGUGGUACCAUGAGCAUGUAUUUAGAUAUUUCCUUAUUUACAAAUCUGCAUAGCAGCUAUUGCUUUGCAUUUUCUUUCCUGUAGGUUAAGAAAUCCAUAAUAAUCAGUACUAUUACAUGUUGACAAAUGUAACCAUUGCAAUACGCUGUUUCCAACUUUGAAUUUGUCAUGUGUUUUUCAGAUGUUUUUUUUUUCUCCUUGUGAAUUAGGAACAUACAUUAUCAAUACUUAGUGCAGUUUCCUUUGGAAAAGCAUUCCAGGCAUUUUGUAAUAGAGUGUAGACAUUCACGUUGAGUGUUGUAGUCUAGGGAGCUGUGGGCGUGCACUGCCAAAGUGAAAUAGCUCUUUAAUUGCUAGACAGUUGUCUUUGGAAAGCAAAUUGCUUUCUGGGUUAACAUUUGAACGUGAUCCUAUAGACAGUGCGCAUCUUUGUUUAAAAAAAAAAAAAAGGCUUGGCGGCUUUAAAACUCUGAGAAUGUAUGAAUUAUUUUAAUUAUGAACAGAUCCAGUGUCCUAUUUGUUACCACUGCCACUAUGUAGAGAGUUUUAUUAAUAACUUUAAUAGUCUUGCUUUAUAAAAAGCAAUCACAACAAAUGUAAUAAAAAUAUAAAUCAAAUUUACCGUGAGAUUGUUUUUGUUGGGGGGAGGGGAUAUUUGGCUCCUAUUUCAUAUAUACUUUGGUAGGUAACUUAAAAAUGUAUCUGCUCGUGAUAAGCAAGUCAAGCUCUUUCCACUCAAUAAAUGUAUCAAUUUUAUGGAAAGAAAAUAAUUUCUAUAUAAUAUUUAUAUAGUAUAUAGUAUUUGAGUGGGAGAGUGCAGUCCCUUCUUGCUGAAUAAAAAAAAAAAACUUGUGUUUUUCGGACUCGUUGAGUACAGCAACCAAAGCUGUUAAAUCUUUGUGGUAAAACGAGUAUGAUGCUCUUUAUGCUGAUGUUCAUCGAAUAGCACAAUUCCUGCUUUCAAAACCCACAUUUUCUACUGCAUCAAGUCAUUAAUUUCAUGGAAUCCUGUUUCUAAAUUAUUAGCUUUGGCUCUUCCCUACACAGCUUUUAACACAAUUAGCGGUAAUUUAUUAUUAUUUUUUGUAAUAACAAUCUUGCUAAUAGCAUAUUUUUUCUUUGAUUUUCAUGGCAUGAAUGUGUUUUCUUAAUUUGCUUUAACCCUUGACGGAGGCAUUUAUCCAACUUCUGAAAUCAAAACAAAAUCUUGAAUUUCACCAUGUAAUUUUAUUUCUUUUAAAAAGGGCAGAUAGGGCUUUCAUUUAUUAUUCAAUAUGUAUACCUAACACAAUCUGUGAACAAAAUGGGAAAAUAAACUUUUUUUUCUUAACAUUUUUAUUAUUUUUACACAUCCAGUGCAACUAAAAAAAAACUGAAAAUAGACAUUAAUAUAUCAUUUUUGAUUGUUAAAUGCCUAAUAUGUCUAUUAUCUAAGUUAUCGUUUAGUAGUUAAUGCUGACAAACUUCCACACUAAUACUAUACCCACCAUAAUCCUUAUCCAAUGCUUACAUCAACUUCAACUCUAUAUCUACCCUAAUCUUACCCUUACUCGACACUAUCCCUAUCCCUAAAACUGUAUUAAAGGAACACUAUAGUCACCUAAACAACUUUGGCUUAAUGAAGCAGUGUUAGUGUAUAAAUCAUGCCUCUCAGGUUUUACUACUCAAUUCACUGUCAUUUAGGAGUUAAAUCACUUUGUUUCUGUUUAUGUUGCCCUUGUCACACCUCCACUGGCUAUGAUUGACACAGCCUGCAUAAAAAAAAAAAAAAAAAAAACUGGUUUAACUUGCAAUCAUAUGUAAUUUACCUUAAACAAUGUUAUCUCUUGCUCUGUAAAUUGAACUUUAAUCACAUACUGGAGGCUCUUGCUGGGUCUAGCAAGCUAUUAACAUAGCAGGGGAUAAUAAAAUCUAAAUUAAACAAUACUUGCAAUAAAGAGAGGAUAAACUUUAGAUGACUCUUUACAGGAAGUGUUUAGGAAGGCUGUGAACAUCACAUGCAGAGAGGUGUGACUAGGGCUGUGUACACAGUGAUUUAACUUCUAAAUGGCACAGAAUUGAGCAGUAAGGCUGCAGGGACAUGAUCUAUACAACAAAACAGCUUCAUUAAGCUAAAGUUAUUUUGGUGACUAGUGUCCCUUUAAGCAUGUCAUACUUGCAGUUGUGUUUAAAAAAAACAAGUUUGUCAGAUGGAAAAAAAAAAGGUGAUGAGAGCCUUGCUCAAGAGUUUGCUGUUAAUGCACCAUGUAGAUGUUUAUGGUCUGUUGGUUAAUGUAAAGUUGUUUUUAAGUGGAUGACUUGUUGUUGGAUAUCUGAGAUUCCACAUGAUGUUUUUCAGUAACUGAAAGCAAAGCCAUUUUUCUGUUAAUGCCACUUCAUAGAUGUCUAAUGGAUGUGCAAAUUGAAAUGGGAUUUCCCCAGCUGCCUGAGAGCAUUUUCACAAUAAUGAUAUUUUAAUAGGUGUAACCUGUGGCUGCUCUUUGCUUUGUACAUAGAUUUUAUACAAGAGAGUUUUUGAUUAAAGUGAAUCAGUUAUGUACACAUUCUGUGGAUAACAAGUGUAACCCAUACACAUGCUGGUAAUUUUGAUGUGACCGUGUACAGAUUAUAGGAUAUAUUUGCCAAGUUUUCAUCCUGUUAAAUUUCUUCAUGCACUGGUUUGGAAAUAGAAGCUGCGCAUGUUACACCCUACCUUCAAAUGGCAUUCAUUGUUUACCACAAUUCUUAGUGUGCAGAUUAUAUGCGUGGUUACAUAAGGUACAACUGUGUCAUUUGAUAAUGGAGCAUUAGUUUGUUGCGCCAUUGGAUCUCCUGUGGUGUUUUUUGAACACCACCACCUCUCUGCUGAGGUUUCAUGGAGUAUGUGUUUAUAUUUUGAGGUAAAAUGAUAGUCCAGGCACUCAAGUAGAUAGCAGAGCAGCAGCUUUUUGGGGGCAAACACACAGCAAUGUUUCAAGCUGACAAAGACCCGGUUGGGUCUAAACGUUGCUGUGUGUUUGCCCCAAUAAAGCUGCUGCUCUGCUAUUUACUGGAGUUCCUGGACCGUCGCUUCACUUUUUAUAUUCCAUGUGGAGUCUCGUCUGCCCCUGAUCCGGUGCACCGUGGUAGCCUGGUAAGUGUGGUAUCCUCCAAUCUACUAUCAUUUAUAUUUUGGGGUAUCUUUGGAUGUAUACUAAUCCAUCAUGAUGAUACUUGCUGUCCCAUUCUUACACAAAGGAUUCUGUCUCAUUCCAUUCCAGGCUUAGCCGAUGGCUACCACCAAACCAUGGGUGAUAAAUAAAUAUUCCAUGUUAAUGGAGAUCAGCAAUGUGCCAAGCCUAUAAAGAAUGAAUGGUUCCCCAACCCAAUACUCACAUGUGUGUACUUCUUCAUCUAUAUUUUUGAGCUUGUGAAAUUCCUUAUUCCACUGCUGCUUACACUACACAGCCACCUUACACGGUAACUUGUAACCUGAUCCUCGGAAACGCUGUAGUUAAGCAAAAGCAGAAAGGACAUAAAAAAUUGCCUGUCUGUGGUAUAUCUUUCAAUUUCCAAGGAGUUUAAUCAGAAAACACUACAGCUGCUUUCAUGUGGGUAAAGAAGGUAUUUUAACCUGGCAGUGUUUGGUGGAGUAAUAAUUAAUAACCAGCAUUGUGUGUGCAGUUAUUUGUUCACUGCAAUGUCUGUGCUGUCUGGUAGUGCAUGCAAUGCAUGUGCAAAGUCUGCAAUGCUCAAAUGGAAGACAGAGAUGGUGAAUGCUGGAUUACAAUCACAAAACCUGAUUUUAGUUCAUUACCUCUUGCUUUUUUGUCUUGUAUGGCAUCAUCAUAUUCACGGUAAAAUGGUACAAAGCAAUUAUUGACAAAUUUGGUUUAAUAGUGUUCUGAAGUGACAAGGACCUGCUCUCACAGUAGCUUGCCGUUUAGAAACAGAGCAGUCUCCUUUUAAAUCACCGGCUUUGCCCACUAUUAAUCUCUAACCAGUAAUGCCUGUGUUUUUGUUUGGGACAAGUAGAUAGAGGACUUUUAAGAUACAUUUUGCGAAUUCAAGUUGUUAAUGUCCAUGAUCUGAUUUGUUUGUUUCGCUGUUCGUAUGUGUUUUAAUCCUAAUUCAGUGUGUAGUUAUAGGUAGGUUUUAAUAAUAAUAGCAGUGAAACAUUGAUUUAGAUUUUUUUUUUUUUUUUUUAAAGUGAAGUAAAAAAAUAAAAGCCUUCUGUAAGCACACUAUUACAGUGAAUUGACUGAGAGGUCCCGGAAAGAGAGGUCUAUGUACAACUGUAUUUCAUGCACUUUUUUUUUUUUUUUUUUUAACUAAUAAAAGCUUAAUGGGCAACCAGCUAUCUCAACACGCUAUGUACCUAAGUAAUUGCUUCCAGUAAGUAUUCUCUUCUAACAAAUAUUGUAGGAUGACCGGAUGAUGAUGAGUCUGUAGCUGGCUUUGUGCAGUUUGGGAACCAGUAAGCCGGCGGGAAUAUCUGUUUCUACAGGAGCUAUAAGGGUAGAUCUCCAGCUUUAAAAAAGUGAACCUUUUUUUAAUUUGAAGGUGAAAAAAAAUCUAUCUACAGAUGGUACGCGCACCUCUGAAUCUUUCCUUUAAGAUGUCUCUAGGGCUACCCGGUUCUUAGUUUGAAGCUUCCUUCUUUGCUCCACAGACUCGCCCUUAAAGAAGUCAUAUCGGUUAACUGUUAGCUUUUCAUCCCUACACCUAAACCACUUUCAACACUGCAACUGAAAAAAUAAACUAAGCCUUCUUUGUAAACCCUUCUAGCAACCUAUUUUUCCAUUACAUGAAAUACAUCCGACUCUAACCUGUUGUGUAAUUUUACCUCACUCCACUUAGAAUGCAGGCUUGUUUGAGCAGGGCUCUCGGCACUUGUUUCUGUACUCCCAACUUGUCUUGUUGCAACUACUUGUUAGUCUGUUCUACAGCACUGUGGAAUUUGUUGGCACUUUAUAAAAAAAUUGUUAUAUUAUGUCUCUUACAAACCAUUCACCUGUUACCCACCACAGUAACCACAAUACAGGUACUGUAUUUGCUGCAAUUGCUCAUUUAUCAAUUGCAUAUCAUGCUUUGCUAAAGGAGUAUAGAAAUAGUGACCGGUUUCAAUUUGUUUAUUUACCCAUCUGCUGGCGAGGAAGUCAACGUGUCUGUAUUCUGGUAGAGGCUUGCACUGCUACUGAAGUGUGUCCAGUCAGAGACCGUUACGUAGAACAGAGGAAUGGUGUGUGGGGUAACUGUUGGUGUAACAUCGAACCUGAGAUCAGUCUAAUGCUGGAGGAGAUGGUAAUAUUUAGUUAACAUCUCCUUAACCCAGGGCUUGACAAAUUUGCUUGAAAUCUAGGAGCCAGCUAAAAAAAGAUAGGAGACAGAUUUUUAUUUUUUUUUUUAAACGUCAAAAAUAGAAUUCUUAAAGGGACACUAUAGUUAACAGAACCACUACAGCUUAAAGGACCACUCUAGGCACCCAGACCACUUCAGCUUAAUGAAGUGGUCUGGGUGCCAGGUCCAGCUAGGGUUAAACCCAUAAACAUAGCAGUUUCAGAGAAACUGCUAUGUUUAUAAAUGGGUUAAUCCAGCCUCCAAAUCCUCUAGUGGCUGUCUCAUUGACACCCGCUAGAGGCGCUUGCGUGCUUCUCACUGUGAAAAUCAGUGAGAACACGCAAGCGUCCAUAGGAAAGCAUUAUAAAUGCUUUCCUAUGAGACUGGCUGAAUGCACGCGCAGCCAGUCGAAAGGGAGGAGAGUUCCCCGUCUGGCGCGGUAAAAAUAAGUUUUUUUUGGGGGGGGUCCCAAGAGCCGGGCGGGAGGGAGUCCCUGAGGGUGGGGGCACCCUCAGGGCACUAUAGUGCCAGGAAAACGAGUAUGUUUUCCUGGCACUAUAGUGGUCCUUUAAUGUAGUUGUUCUGAAGUCUAUAUACUGUCCCUGCACGCUUUUCAAUGUAGACCCUGACUUUUCAGACUAAAGGUAUGGUUUACAUUGCGGUCUGGUAACACCUCUAGUGACAGUCAAUCUGACAACCUCUAGAAGUGCUUCCCGGGUCACAUUAAUGCUCCCCAUAGGGAUGUAUUGAUUCAAUGCAUCUCUGAGGAGAAGUUGAUUGCGCAGCAUGGUGUUUUGCCGCACAUGCGCAGUGGUCUGCCAAUGUUUUUCUAUGGAGAAGCAUUGGAUUGGCUGAGAUCAUCUAAAUUGAUGAUCUCAGCCAUGGAAGUGAGGCCAGCCACGGUGUCACCAGCACGGUGUUGGAAAAGGGGUGAGUAAAAACACAUUUACCUUGUUGUUUUGUUUUUAUUUUAUUUUUUGUGGGCAGGUCACCCAAACAAACACUCACUGACAGACACACUGAUUUGAUACGCACACCAACUAACAGACACACACACACUCACUGACAUACACACACACACACACAUAUACUCACUCACUGACAUACACACAAAUAUACUUACUCACUCACUGACAUACACACACAUAUACUCACUCACUGACAUACACACACACACAUAUACUCACUCACUCACUGACAUACACACACACAUACUCACUCCCUGACAUACACACUCACUUGCAAAUCAUAACUUUUAUAAUUUUAAAUCCACCCAGCCUCCCUACCUUUGAGAAAGCUGGAGUGGAUUAGCUUUUCCUGGGGAUCCAGUGGGGCUGCUGUGAUCUCCCUCAUGCGCCCUCCGGUGAUGCGGGGCCGGAAUGACGUCACUGGAGGGCGUGUGAGAGAGCAGAACAGGGAGAUUACAUUACUCCCUCACAGCCACACUCAUUCAGACGCCCGCUGCCUGCCUCCCUCCCUCCCUCCGCUCUCAAUGAGCAGACCACCUGCCUGCCUGUUAGCCUCAACCCUUCGUGAGCUGAUCCAACGCCUGGGAUUUGUCGAGCCCUGCCUUAACCAAUUAAAUAUUGAAUGUUAUAAAUGAUAUAUUUCUUGCUCUAGUAGAUGUUUAUAAGUUAAAGUGAAUCUGUACUCAUCCAUGAUGGCAUCAAUCAUUUUGGUGGACACGUGCUGACCAAGGUUCAUAGGAGUGUACACAACACAAGAGAUACUUAUUGUCUACCCUGCUCUACUGGGAGCUGUGUAAAAACAAAAAAAAAACCAAACAGAAUUGAAUUGGAUGCUGGAAUGUAUCCAUAGUUUCGUGCAGUGCCAUAAAUCAAUCUUGCAGAAGUGGUUUAACCAAUGGUUCACGUGUCAAUAGCCCAGGUUUUAUAGAUAUCCUUGUUUAUGGACCAUUGGUGAUAAUGUUGGAGGAGCGCAGAUGUAAAUACUGCACUAAAAACAAGCUAGUGAUGACCACAGUGCUAACAGUCUUUUUUGUUUGUUUUUUUUGUCCAACCCCCGUGCCUCCCUCCUCUCCACGCAAUCCCCUGUACUUAUUUUAUUCUAUAUCCCUGUACUUAUUAUAUUCUAUAUUGCACAGAUAACUGUAGGUUGUGAGUAAACAUGCUCAAAGUAGUUUGUUUACAAACUGGUUGUGUCUGAUGAAGGGAAAACACAAAUCCCUUUGGGAAUUUAACCCAGAUGAUGGAAAAGACCUGCUGUACAUAGGUAAAUUGGCUGUUAGAUUUCCCUGAGCUUUAUAGAUAGGAGCAGCUGUGAACACUGAGUAAAAAUAUUUAUUUUUAAUGUUUUCCUUUUAGUUUUGAUUACUGGAAAGUUCAGACCCCUUUGUGUGUUUUUAAAAGGAAAACAAAAAUAAACCCGUAUAAAUCCUAAAUGAAAUCCAGCGUCUACCAUGGUGAGAUACUCGUGAUAAUCUCAGAUUCCACCAGAGGCUUCUCAGAGAGGCAUUGUGGACCUAAAUGCAGUCGUCGUCCUCCACAAUAAAGAGCCUUUUGUACUGGUCUACUGUAUGUAUGUAGUCUUACAAAAUGUUGUAAUUCCUGUCCACUACGUGUUUAUGGGAAAUGUAUCUGAGCCCUCAGCCACAGUUCCAUUCAUCAGAUUUGACCUGCUAAAUGAGUGAAUAGCAACCUUAAUAUAGCUCAGAUCAGUUUAUUUACAGACCCAAUUUGUUUCAGUCACCCAUUUGAUGGUAUGUGCAUGCAGCUGCAACUGGGAGUCUAUCUAUGGAGCAGACGACUUGCUGUUUUUAAACAGCGCACAUAUUUAUAUAGCCAAAGAAGAAAUAGUUUCCUAAUCAGAGGUCUGACAGAAAGUGGCAGGCUUAUAUGUGUACUUUUGGCAAACCACUUCAGUUAUAUGCAGCUAUAUAUGACAGGGACUGGGUAGCUCUCUGUACCAUUAUCUAUGUAAGGAAUAUGUUACCAUGGCCAAACUACACAGAUAAUACAAAUAAGGGAGACUGCAAAAGGGGGAAACCAGGACCACAGUCUAAUACUUUUAAAGGGACACUAUAGUCAUCUGAACAACUUUAGCUUAAUGAAGCAGUUUUGUUGUAUAGAACAUGUCCCUGCAGCCUCACUGCUCAAUCCUCUGCCAUUUAGGAGUGAAAUCCAUUUGUUUAUGAACCCUAGUCACACCUCCCUGCAUGUGACUUGCACAGCCUUCCAUAAACACUUCCUGUAAAGAGAGCCCUAUUUAGGCUUUCUUUAUUGCAAGUUCUGUUUAAUUAAGAUUUUCUUAUCCCCUGCUAUGUUAAUAGCUUGCUAGACCCUGCAAGAGCCUCCUGUAUGUGAUUAAAGUUCAAUUUAGAGAUUGAGAUACAAUUAUUUAAGGUAAAUUACAUCUGUUUGAAAGUGAAACCAGUUUUUUUUUCAGGCAGGCUCUGUCAAUCAUAGCCAGGGGAGGUGUGGCUAGGGCUGCAUAAACAGAAACAAAGUGAUUUAACUCCUAUAUGACAGUGAAAUUGCAGGGGAAUGAUCUAUACACUAAAACUACUUUAUUUAGCUAAAGUAAUUUGGGUGACUAUAGUGUUCCUUUAAUUGCUGAGUGACUUCCUAUUUACUUGAGAGCUACCUGCAGACGCUGCAAUUAUUGACGUUUUGCAGCAAACGCAGUACACUUUAUUUUUAAGUUUGUGGUUUCUGUAUAUUUUUAAUAAAGCUGGAAAAAAGAGUGGAUAAUUGCAUCCUGGAGUAUCGCUAAAAGACUGACAAGCUAAAAUGCAGGGACAAUGAGUAUUUAUAAAUUAACUUGUGCAUACAGAUAGCAGUCGCUAAUAAAGUGGGGGAUACAAGGUCAGAAAGUGUAUAGACGAACACUACUAUGUUCUCACAUUGAUUAAUGUAGUAUAAGGCUAAUAAGUAGGUGGCUGCAUGUCAAUAAUUGUAGUAAUGAAGGGAUGUACAGCUCCUACUAAUCAGGUGGCUGCAUGUCAAUCAUUGUAGUAGUGAAGGGAUGGCCCACUAACCAGUACCACUGUUUUUUUUUUUUUUUGCCAGCGGCAAAGAGGUGUAAGCUAAAAUCUUAAUUUACGAAUACAGUUUUAUCAAGGUGUUCUAUGAAAUUGCAUGGCACCAUAGUCCUUCCCCAGAAAAUAAAAACCAGGUCUUAUAUUAAUCCCCCCGGGGAAACCGGGUAGUAUACACUUUCUCCGUUAACAUCAAGCUUGUGUUUUUUGUUCGUUGUUCCCCGGUUGGGAUCCAUCAGUAUAUUGCAAUGUAAGUUUUACUUUGUCAGAAAGCAAACGGCUUAACUACAAAUCAAGCAGAAUUCAUGACUUUGUAUGCAUCGAUAUUUUGGAGAGAAUAUGGAGAACACUGGAGGAGCAAGGGGGAGAAAAACAGUAGGCUCACAGAGCAAACAAAAUCCAAUUCGUAAAACAACCCUUAACCUAACCUACAUAUUGAACCUAACAUGUUGGUGUCUGUAUUGCUCUUUUAAUGCUUUAUUCUUCUUGCUCACCUGUUAGUGAGACAAUUACUGAACUUAACUGGGAUCUAACUGAAAUAAUUAUAUUUGAUUAAAAGUGUUAUCACAGUGCUAGCAAACUAACAUUAGUGUUUCGUUGUUUUUUUUAGGAUUUUCUUAUAAUGUUUAUUCACCAUUUGGCCACAGUUGGCCUCAUCUCCUUUUCUUAUGUCAAUAAUAUGGUGCGUGUUGGUACACUGGUCAUGUGCCUGCAUGAUGCCUCAGAUUUCUUGUUAGAGGUGAGUCCGCUUCCCAUUACAGCCAUUUACAAAAAACACAGUUUGAAUUUCACUAUUUACUUUUCCUUUUUGUUUCCCCAGUAUGUAUUGUCUUGUGCUAUCAUGACUUUGUACUCCAUUCUCUACAUCUAUUCUUUGAACGUUUGUGUUUUGUUCUUUCAGUGCGCUUUUUGUUUCAAUGUAAACCAUUUAACCUAGAGACAUAACUGUAGAACAAAGUGCUUUGGGAACAGAAAUAAUUAUAAAGCAGUUAUCACGGAAUGCUGAUGUCUAAUUAUCUGUAUAAAGUGUCCAAUAUGGGCCUUUUAAUGGUAGUUUCCCUAUUUGCAGCAUUACUGAAAUAAUAUAUGCAAGCACUUGCUAAAUCUCCCAGGUCCAAACUGCUGCACCCUUUCACUGCUUUCUGUAAUUACUUUUACUGUGAAUAUGGCUUUCUUUCUAAAGACUUUGUUUUUUUGUUUUUUUCCCUUUUAAUACUCAUGUUUUUUUAAAGGCUGCAAAACUGACAAAUUAUGCAAAGUACCAGCGGAUGUGUGAUGCAUUCUUCAUGUUCUUUGCAAUGGUGUUUGUUACCACACGGCUUGUCAUUUAUCCAUUAUGGUAAGACACACUAAAAUGUUUCAGCACUUUGUACUUGAUGUGUAUAUUUUCACAUAUUUGUUUUGAUACUGCCUGUUACAAGAGAUCUUUUUUGGUUUUAGGAUCUUGAACACAACGUUGCUUGAGAGCUGGGAACUUAUAGGACCAUAUCCCUCGUGGUGGCUGUUCAAUGGUCUUCUUCUGGUUUUGCAAGUUCUUCAUGUUAUCUGGUCUUACCUCAUCAUCCGUAUUGCAUACAAGGCCAUAAUGCGGGGCAAGGUACGCUUUCUGGAGAUGUUAUGUAUACAUUCUGUGGAUUUACCACAAGCUAUGUGUAAUAAUGGGAUUGAGUCUGACUGCUGGUCUUUCCUUCGAUUUUUCUAUUGGGUUAUACUAUGGCUUUUUCUUUUCUGACCCAAGUGAACUUGUUGAGGUAGGACUUUCAAUGUCUUUGCACUCUGCACCUCACUUUCUCUCCCUCCUUUUCUCUGUGUCAGGUUGGAACUGGAAAAUAUCACCCUUUGCCUGUAAGUGUUUAUCUGUGCUGCUUCCAUCAUUAUGAACAUCUUCCUUCUUGGUGCCCUUUCACCACUUGCAUGUUCAUUACCUUCAUACGCUCAAAUUCAUCAAUGCAGAUAAUACACCGUAAUGGGUGGCCACCAAGGUUCCAUAAAGGUUAUUGUGAUGUUUGAGACGUGCAUCGCUGAUGAAUCUGGGCCUUUGACGCCAUAUGCUCUUUUAUGCCUGAUCUGCUCUAAUGUUUGCGUACAUAUUCAAACCUGGCAUCACACAACAGCCUUUCCCUUUUGAGGUGCUAAAAAAUGUUCAUUUGCCAACAUCUCUGCUAGUAACCCUGUGGCAUGGGGGAACCAUUUUGGUCCUUUAAUGACACUAUGUAAUAAGGUAGAUCACUGGUACAGACUGCUGAAUAUGUGCUUUGCUAUGAGCCAUUUUAGUGCAAUAAAGGCCAAGGUAUGCUGUUGGGAAAUAUAUAAGAAAAUCUCUGUUCUGAACAGUAGAAAGCCAUGUGUUCUAGAGCUGAUUUCACAUUUAUAGCUAUCCCAUAUUUUGUGCGGGAUCCAGUGCCUUUUGCUGCAUGGAUGAAUACAAAAUAUGAAAGAAAGCCAAUGUUUGUACAAUAUCACAGGGGGUCAGGUGACUAGCUUUUUCCAUAUAUCACCAGUUCUCUUUUACAGGAAUUGUUUGUAUUACUUUUAAAAAAAUAAAAAAAUUUGCAAAAGAGAAAUGUGUGAUAUGGUUUAACCAAAAGCUCUAAUCGAUAGAACCGUGAACAAUCUGGAAGAGUUGGGAUAGAACCCAUCUUGCUUUAUUAUGGUCAUCUGAACUUGGGUUUCCAAGAUAUCUGAUGAUAUUGGAUAUGUAUUCUAAAAUUUGAAGUAUUUGGUGUAUAUCUGUUUCUAAUCAGCAGCAUUUCUUGCCUUGGGCACACAUGCACUGUGCAUCCCAUUUUCUUGUCUUCUCCAGCAGAUUGUGUUAUCUUUAUUAAUGGCACCGUAUAAUCUAUGCUGUUCGCUUAAAACAUGUUUUGAGAAGUUAGCUGGUUAGUCUGCUUUGAGAAUGUGCAAAUGUUAAGCCUUGAUGAGGUGAUCUGUCAAGUGCUGACCUACUAGCCGGGCUUCAAAGUUACUCACCACCACAAAUGUAUGCAAAAUCAUCAAGUAAAAAAUAGUAAUAUACUGGCGCUCUAUAAAAAACUAAAUUAUCACACAAUAUGUGGCAAUAAUAUUACAUUAGCUGCUAUAUCACCAUGUGUAAUCUUUCCAUAUACACUAAUCACAAACAAAAAUAACAAAAGGUGAAGCGCUACAUACAAAUUGAAGUCCAAUUCUUUAAGCUGUCACUCUUGUCGAUCAAUAUUUCUCUGAGUGGUAUGUGAAUCUUAUUCUAAAAAAGAAAUUAGAUACUCUUAGUGCAACACUGUAAAGAAAUUAUUAUCGGCAAUAAUAACCCUAUAUAUGGAACCACUCACAAAUUACUGAGCUUACAGCCAAGCUCAGGGGUAUGUGCCUUCAGGUCUGUAAAGGCGACCUUUCCCCUUCUUUUGUCUUCUUUUUUAGAAUAAGAUUCACAUACCACUCAGAGAAAUAUUGAUCGACAAGAGUGACAGCUUAAAGAAUUGGACUUCAAUUUGUAUGUAGCGCUUCACCUUUUGUUAUUUUUGUAUGCAAAAUCAUAACAAAACUUUUAUUUUAUUUUUUUAGCAGAGUUUUGUUUACUGCAUUAAUAAUGCAUACACCAUGCGAUAGUGUGUGAAUACAGAGCUGUGUUUUGUGGCUAGUCAUUGGGUGUGUGUCUGCAGGGAUAUCUGUACAUAUGUGUGUAGUGUCAGUGUGUGAAUGCAUAAAUCUAUAUGUUGAUCUCCACCGUCAUUCAAGCGUAAACACAUAGAUACACGAGCUGCUGAUAUAAUUUGCUGGAUUAUUUGUCUUCCUUUGGAGCAUUCGCUCCUGGUGUAGGAUUAGGGGGAUCUUGAAGUGCGGAGCGUCUGGCAUCUAUACUUCAUCUGAGGGGUUGACGAGGUUGCCUGAUGGAGCUCAGGUGGCGGUGGCCCUCCAUACAAUUUUGCAUCUGGGCUUCCUCCUUUAUUCAUCUGCACUCCUUCCUUGCUUUUUCUUGCCUUGUCCUACUGCUCGCUUCCCCCUCUCCCUCCUCCUCCCAUCUUCCUACCAGUUUUUUUUCUUUCUUUCUUUCUUUUCCAUCCCUUUUCUCCUUUUCCAUUUACCGGCUAUAGAAUAUUACAUAUUCUAUGUUUAUAUGUUCCUAUUCAAAUACAUAUUACGGUAUGGAUGUCUAAUGAGUUAAAAAGAACAGAUGGUAGUUUAUGGUAUUCUGUACCAUGAGGACUCUGGAAUGUGCUGUAUUGUGAGAUUGGGGGCAGGGUCCUUAUACGGGUAAUAUCCUUGUAUGGUCAGAGUUUAAUUUAAGUUAUGAUGUAAUUUUGCCAAUAAAGAACAGGAGACAAAAGACCACGUUCUCUUCUCCUACUCUUCGCUUUUCUCUCAGGGUGUGUCCCUGACUUGCUGAUACCAAGACGAAUAUAUCAAAGAUAUAUAUAUAUAUAUAUAUCUAUCUCUCUCUCUCUCUCUCUCUCUCUCUCUCUCUCUCUCUCUCUCUCUCUCAUAUAAAUGCAUAUAUUUUAUAAAGAACGUCAGAUUGCGUAUUAGUAAUUUUGGUUAAUAUAGACGUAUAUUAACAUGGCGUGCCUUUAACCCAAGAAGAUAUCUACAUAAAAGACUUAUUUCAAUUACCCUCGAAAACACAAAUCAAGAUAUUACACUGGCUCUGGUGUAAGGUUUUUUUGUUUUUAUCUAGGCAGAUCUUCAACUGUUAGGUGGCACGUUGUCCCUUUGAUUUCUGUUCUCCUCCAGGUCACCUUGUGAUGCUAGCUAGCUGUGUGGUCCACUGAAAUACAGUGCUUGAUAUUUUGUGUAUUGCUUAUUAGCAGUAUGAUGUCCAAAUUAUUAUGAUGAGGUUUGUUAGCACAUUCUUUAGAUUUAGUUUUGAGGAUUUUGGUGGAUUAAUGUUUGUUCCAAUUGCUUUGAUCUGAAUGUUACUUUUGUCUAAACCCCCCCCACCCCCCCCCCACCCCCACAUAUUUAACGUAAAUUGUGUGUAUAGACAGAGAGCAGCCUUCAUAAGUGUUGGGCAGACUAGAUGGGUCGAAUGGUUAUCAUCUGCCGUCACAUUCUAUGUUUCUAUGAAAGGGUUAAUUCUGCUCUACUGUGAGGAGCAGCACUGGAUAACGCAGCAAGUGUAGACCAGAUAGAAGUGAUUUGUAAUGUCAAGAAGAUGAAACCUAGAGCGGAAGUGUUGAUAGCUGAUGCACUGUUCCCUGUAAGGCAGAAAGUUUAGCUGGAACUCUUACAGACUUUAGGUGAAGCUCCCUCGCCAGGGCUCAAUAUCCACUCGCAACAUUUUUCAUACCUGUGCAACACCUUUCAUUACAGUAUCCAAAAGUAAACUUGUCAACUAGACUGUGCAGACAAGCUUGUCCAACAUAAAGUGAUCUGGAUAUUUUAGAAUUGAUUCUUAGAUUAGCCAUAACAAAAUAGGUUUCAGGUUGGUAAUGAAUUAAAUUGGCAUUUAUUUCAUGUGAGAACCCUAGGUAUAAGUAGAACUAUGUGGAUUGUUUCACCAAGAAAAUGAUAGGUAGUUUUUGUUUUUUUACUGCCAUGUGGUAAUUCUAAUGGGAAAAGGUUAAGUUUUAAGUGGCAUUUUUAACACUGAAAAUCAUCUCCUCUAGAAGCAGAAAUACAGCACCGUGUAGCCUUUAUGGACUCAAGCAGGGAGGGACAUCAAAAGGAUACUUAGGUGCCUCUAUUAGAGUACUGCAAUUUGUCAUGUUUAUUUUUUUAAUGUGUUUACCUUUCUAUCAGACGCUUUACAUUUAAAGAGUCACUGUCACCCCCAUUCCUCAUAGGUAUUUCAUAUUUUUAUUAAAGGAUCACUAUAGUGUCAAGAAAACAAAGCGGUUUUCCUAACACUAUAGUGCCCUCAGGGUCCCCCUCCUGUGGCGCUAAAGGGGUUAAAAACUCUUCAGCCACUUACUUUAAUCCGGCGCUGGUGACCUCUCCUCUCCGUCCGACAUCACUGGAGCCAAAUGCGCAAGUGCCGCUCACGCAUUCGAAGUUUCCAUAGGAGAGCAUUUCUCAAUGCUUUCCUAUGGACGCUCUGCGCGAGGGAGGCGAAAUUGUGAAGGGUUAAAACCUGAGGGACCUGGCACCCAGACCACUUCAUUGAGCUGAAGUAGUCUGGGUGACUGUAGUGUCCCUUUAAAUACUCAUUGACUGUGUUGGGAUUUCAGUGAAAUUCCAACACAGUCAAGAGAUCUACUGAGGGGUAAAUCUCCAUAGACCUCAAUGCUGUAUUCUCAGCAGUGACUACUACUGGUUACAGAGGACCCGCCGGAAGAAGGCCUGUAGCCUGUCAAUUCCGCCAUUGAACCCCCAAAUUCUGCAAAGUCUCCAGAUGGUGUCAGUGCCGCUUUAACUGUAGAUAACAAAAAUCUAGUAUUGAGGAAUUCCAGCUUCACAUGGGGCUGAGACUGUUCCUGCAAAAUGUUUCUACUCCUGCAUUGUAACUUUAUAAAGGCCUUAUUCAUAGGAGUUCUCACAAGGACACAGUUUGACUUUUCAUUAACCAGUUUCUCGUAUUUCAUUUUGAUGUUUUAUCAGUGCUGGUAGCUCAGUACAUUAUUUUUAUAUUCUAACCAGUCUAAAUUCCUUACAGCACAUGUUCAUUAUGAAACAAAACGGCCUAUAGAUAGAGAAUGGAUAUGACCCAGGAAAUCUAUUUUUGUUUUCUUCUUAAACAAACACUUUGAACACCAUAACCACUAUAGCUUGCACCAUAAACCCAUGCAAAGGGUAUUGGUGUUUAUGGGGUUUGGAAUAGCCAUUUAAUUCUUUCCUAUGCAAACGUGUGCAAUAAAAUCUAUUUAGCAGUCAGCUGGAAAAGUACAAUGGAUGCUUCUACUAAGCUCGUUUUUUUUCAGAUUUUACCGGUUUUCCCAUUCAAGGCUUCUGCAUUUCUUUCAGUGUAAUCUAAACCGUGCCAAAAGCUCAAUUAGCUGAAAGGAACCUAAAUUAUGUGGACUUGCAUUAUGUGGUUCAAUAUUCUGUCAUUCUAUUAAUUUACUACUGGCUGCUUGUGUGCAUUUGGAUUUGAGGUUUCUAACGUCUGUCUUACUGCUUGCCUUGACACGAUUUUUGUUAACUUUUCUUUGUGUCUGAAUUAUUCUCUGCCUUAACCAAAAGAAUAAAAAUUUAAAAGGAAACAGGAAGUGUAUUAAGUAGAGAAAACAGUAAAUCACCCUGUGGAGCAGGAUAUCCUCCCACAAUUCCAAACAGGUGUUCUAUAUAAAUUGACUGCUUGGCAUGCGUCAACUACAACAAGUUUUGCUUUUACUCUUGAAGGAAUUUGUUUUAUCUAUGUUUUAGGGAUAUUGGUAUAGAGCUGAGAGAUGUUAGGAACAUGUUAAUAAAUUGCCCAUUUGUGGUACACGCAUCCUGUAUUUAAUCAUUACCUGUUUAAUUUCAGAAUGCGAUGGUAUGUGCUGCAAAGUGUUAAUGUUCUGUGGGUACUUCUUUAAUGAAAUGUUGAUAUUGGUUAUUUACCAGAGGCUCCAAAUUAUAGUCAAUUAGAAAAACACUGAAUAGCAGAUUGUAGGCCAAAAUAGCAGAUCUGAAAACAUUCUUAAACUCUACUAAAGUCACAGCUUGGCUAGUUUAGCCUCUGUUUGGCCAGUCAUAUUUUAAUUUAAUACAGCUUGGAGUUUACUGGAUUAUCCCUCAAAGGGUGAAAAAAAAUCCAUUACUGGUUGUAUGCGGUUUAAAAAUUUAACUCUAAUAAAAGCCCAUGUUAAUUAUUCCUCCUUGAAUUUCACUGUUCCAUUGUCACUGACACGUUUGUGCUUAAAAGGUAGGAAACCCUCUGAUAUAGGCCAGUAGCCUUAUAGAAGCAGAGAGCUCUUAUUAAAGCCGUGUAGGUGUGAGAUAGUAGUAUAUAGAUAGCGGUUUAUAAACCUUCUUUAUUGACUUGGAUCACUAUAUCAUUGAAACUCUUUGGCUAGGAUCAUGGGACCAAAGGUCCACAAUAUUCCAGUGUAAUAAAGUAUAAGAGAAAUUGAACUUGGUAGAUCAAAGGACAUUUUCAGACCAGAUCAAUAUCCUUUCUUAAUCCCUAAUAGUUUGUCUGGAAUAAAGUCCAUUGACUCUCCACGUGGCUGGCUGUUUUACACAGAUUAAAUGAUACUGAAAAACGGGGCAUUUAUUUUUAGUGAGAUUUGUACAAUUCUUGGUGGUGAAGAAGGUAAGUGGGAGAGAAGCUGGAGUGCUGUUAUAAGAGAACCCAGCCAGGUGUUGACAACAAUAGCAUGAAAAGGGACCAUAUUGCUUUAGAAGAAAGACAGACCAAGAGGAGCAGUGGGGGGAAACCCUCAGGAUUAAUGUGCAAACGUAAUCAAGAGCCCAAUUCUCAUAUAUGGAAGAUAAAUUGAAUGGUAAACACAAUUGAUGACUGUAUCACAGAAUUGCCCUAAGCCAUUGUUAGGGAAAUGAAAUGGUAAAGGUUUGUUGCUUAAAAUGGGAAAGCACCAUGUGCUGAUAUCCAAGCUUUAUUAAAAGCACUGUGCUUAGGGGCAACCAGUAGGUGACUGAUUUUGGAACUCUAACUCUUCUAAUUUUUCCUAUAAAAAUGUGGAUAAGAAUCAAUUUGUGUAAUUUGGCUGUUCUCUUAAAAACACAUCAACAAUUUAUCUUUAUUUUUUAGCAGAGCCUUAUCUAUAGCCCAGUUAACCCGUAAGAUCUAUUCCUCUAGUAAAUACAUUAUUUAAACUGGCCUGUAAUUCCACAUCUCUGCGUACAUAUUUUAAGGGCUUCAGUCUUGUCGUUUUUUUUUGUUUUGUUUUUUUAAACACUUCUUCCUGCACACAUUCUGUUAGAUGUUUCUUGAAUUUUGUGUAAUGUUUUAAUGCCCAUUUGGACUCAUCUACAGACUUACACUCAGUAUUAUGUUGAGGUUUUAAUUUGAUCUAAAAAUGCUGUCACUUCUUUGGCAGUCUUAAAUAAGGCUUCAUUGCUUCUAUUUAGCUCAAUCUGCAGGUGAACCUUCUCUUGUAGGAGUUUAGAGUGUGAUGGAACGUUAUAGAGAAUAAAUGUACAUUGUACACCAGUUCAUUAGUAAUUAGCAUGCUAUCAGGAUCCAGGGGCUGCAGGGACUCAAUCAUUUACUUGAAUGUCUUCAAGUCAAAGCCUACAGUUAACCACUAAAUCCAUUUUAAGAUUAAUUUGAUAUACAUAUUUUUUUGGCAGGUAUUGAAAGACGAUCGAAGUGAUGUAGAAAGCAGUUCAGAAGACGAAGAUGCUGCAUUAAAUGGCACUAAAGCAAUCCACAACAUGUCCAGCAAUGGAGCAAACCGGGUGAAUGGCCAUGCAGCAAGUGGCCAGUGGGUGGAAGAAUGAGUCUAUAGAUGAACCUCCAGGAGAUGAGCGAAUGUGUCCUCACAAAACCAGUCCUGAACUCUUUUUAGACCCAGACACCCCUGGAGGGUGAAGCACUUGGUUACGUUGCAUUGGGUGAAUGUGAGAUUUUAUCCCAGUCUGUACUUGAUUUUUUUGCUCCACUGAGUAUGGAUUAAGAUUCUGUUCCGGGUCAGAACCAAAUGUCUUUCCGAUGCCAUCUGCCCUCCGUGCACGCACUGCAAACUUGACCUUUCUGAUAAACCUGCACAUCGCAAUAGACUGUGCAUCAACAAUCCUUCACAUGGCUCACCCAUUCUGCAAAAAUGACUGCUGUGUGCUAUAGCAGAGGCAGGGAGAUUGAGAUGGAUACUAGCAGAGUCUGGUAACCAUGCAAUGUUUGUUGUUGCUAGCAGCUCACCGGGCCAUCAUCAGAUCUUUGUGUUCAGUGUGAAUGAAGAAAGUCAAUACAGAAACGGGCCCGGAUGUUCUCCCACUUUUGUUCCAGGUACAAUGACUGGGAGCCCAUACACGAGUCAUUUGGAAAAUCUGAUCAGAUGUGUGCGCCUUUAUGUAAUAUUUUAUAUAAUUGUUUACUUCAGUCUGUGAAAAAAAAAAUAAUUAAAAAAAAAAAAAAGAGAGAAAAAAAAUGCUGGGUAUGUUUUUGAGGUUUCCUUUUACCCGUUUAUGUGAUC